GUGGCGUUGCUAUGGCAACGCAGUUGCCCCAGCUAUGUCUCUGCAACCCGCCCAUUCAUCACGAGUGUUCAUGGAACUGGUUCCCUGGGCUGACCCGGGCCGGGAAAACAACCCGAUCUCGACUUUAGAGGGGCAGCCGGUCGGCUGCCGCCCCCACACCGCGCAGGGCCACCCUGGAGUCCGCGAGGUCCACGUGAGCGGCGUGGCCGAGGUGUCCGCCAGCCCCGACAGGGCUCUGGUGGUCGUGCGGGUGAGCAGCACCAAAGAGGCGGCCGCUGAGACCAAGAAGAGCGUGUGCCGCCGCCUGGACUACAUCACGCAGAGCCUCCAGCAGCAAGGGCUGCAGGCAGAGAACGUAACUGUGACGAAGGACAUUAGAAGAGUAGAAAAUGCGUAUCACAUGGAAGCCGAGGUCUGCAUUACAUUUACUGAAUUUGGAAAAAUGCAAAAUAUUUGUAACUUUCUGGUUGAAAAGCUAGAUAGCUCUGUUGUCAUCAGCCCACCUGAGUUCUUUCACACUCCAGGUUCUGUUGAGAAUCUUCGGCGGCAAGCCUGUCUUACUGCUGUUGAGAAUGCAUGGCGCAAAGCUCAAGAGGUCUGUGGUCUCGUUGGCCAAACUCUGGGGAAACCUCUACUAAUCAAAGAAGAAGAAACAAAAGAAUGGGAAGGCCAAAUUGAUAAUCAUCACUUAUCCAGACUCCCAGGCUCAUUAACUGUGCAACAGAAAAUCAAAAGUGCAACGAUACAUGCAGCUUCAAAAGUGUUUAUUACUUUUGAGGUAAAAGGGAAAGAGAAGAAAAAAAAAGCAGCUUUAAAGUUAUAACUAAAACAUACUGUAUAUGUAUUUUUAAUCUGUUUUUAUACAUUUUAUAGUGCUUAUUUCUAUCCUAAACAUAUGUGUUGCAUGGUAUACUGAUUCUCUGUAAAUAUCUGCCACCUUUUGAACAUAAUCCCACGGAAUACUUAUGUUCACUCUCUAGUUUCCAAAACACUCUAGGAAAUACUGUGAGAAAUAAAUGUAGUAAAACAUACUUUUAUAUACUGAGAAUUUAUAUAUUGAAAAUAAAAAUUUUAAAAAUUACUAAUGUUGAAUUUUUAUUUCCAAAAACAGGUAAGUUGUUUGUCUAGUUGUACAGAAAUGUAGAAUCUGAGCUGCAUAUAAUGAAAAAAACCUUUGUUCGUGUUCCAUUAAAAAAGUGAAUGUUUUCCAUUCAUCACAGUCUAUUUGUUUCUUCUUUUAAAUAAAACAUUUCAUC